UGUCUGUGUAAUGUAGAUAAAUGUGAGGGAUUUUCUCUCUAAAUCCGUCUCCUGUUCGCUAAAUCUCACUUCUCCAAAACGAGCCUGCGCAAUGGAACAAAGUCGGAAUAUUGAGAUGUGACAUUGCCCGCAUCUCAUCCUCUUUCUCCCUGUUUUUAAUGACUUUAAACAAGUUCAUUUUCGUCGGGCUUUGUCUUGUGGAGACCCGUGGGGAUGUCUAGCGCUUUUUCCUUUCAGUGGCAUUUAUGUGAUGUCUUCAAGAGUGCGAUGUGCUGUAUCUCCUGUAGCCACACCCUCUCACUACUGCUGUGCGUCCUCACCCUGACUCCGACGGCAACAGGGGCGGGCCCUGAGACCCUGUGCGGGGCGGAGCUGGUCGACACGCUGCAGUUUGUCUGUGGAGAGCGAGGCUUUUAUUUCAAUAAACCAACAGGCUAUGGCCCCAGUGCAAGGCGGUCACGUGGCAUCGUGGACGAGUGCUGCUUCCAAAGCUGUGAGCUGCAGCGCCUUGAGAUGUACUGUGCACCUGUCAAGACUCCCAAGAUUUCUCGCUCUGUGCGUUCACAGCGGCACACAGACAUGCCAAGAGCACCCAAGGUUAGUAGCAGAGCGAACAAGGGGACAGAGCGUAGGACAGCGCCUCAGCCAGACAAGACAAAAAACAAGAAGAGACCUUCACCUGGACAUAGUUCAUCCUUCAAGGAAGUCCACCAGAAAAACUCAAGUCGAGGAAGUUCGGGGGGCAGGAAUUACAGAAUGUAGGGAAGGAGCAAAUGGACAAAUGCCCAGCAACUUGGGAGGAGAGAAGGGAGUGGCCUUACCUGGUACCCCUGUGGAAUGGUUCACUGUAAAACAAAAGAAAGAAGAUGCUAAUAAUGACCUGAAAAGCUCUUCAAAAUGAUUGAAAACAGAGAGCUAGGUGGUGUGUAAGGGUCUGAUGUGGAAAAUUGUGAUUAUUUUAUACACUGCACCAUUCCAUACUGGGAGGAAUUCUUUGUUAAUGCAAUGUAACAGACUAGUUUAGCUGCUAAGACACGAACAAGAGCUUAUUAUACCUCCAUGUUGGAGCUGCAGCCUCCCCAGGCUCCAGGAAAGAUGGGAACGUAUCUGGGCCUCAGCCAAUCAGAGAGCAGCAUGGCUGUGGCUCGGUCACAUUUAACAGUUAGUACCCCAGUUCAAAGCUGAUAUAUUACCUUCAGAGUUUGUUUUUAUGCACCAUCCAUUACUGUGGAUAUUUUUAUUAUGUAAAAAAAAAUAAAAAAGGUUUGCUUUAAGGACAAAGACCAGGUGGUUCAUCACAGUUUAAACAUUGUUGUAGGUAUUUUAACUUGAGUCUAAGUCUAAACCUUACUAAGAGGAGUCGCUGGAAGGUUUGAGAUCAGUCCAAAUCCCUCUUAAGCCCCAGGAAGUGUUCAAAACCUGAGGACUGAGUCUACAAUCCAAACAUUAUAAAAGGAGCUCAAGCACUAUUAGAGGGGAUUUUAAAGAAAGUGGGUAGUACAGAAGGUACUACAAAAAAAAGACUGGGAUUUUUCACAUUUUCCAAAACAGAAAAACAAAUUAACCAGAAGCUAAAACUGAGUUCUCGUUUGGUCCUCAGAAGUGUGUCAUUCGGUGAAGUCAAAGUGCAUUUGGCAAACUGAAGUGGAACAAGUCAAAUAAUGACAAUCAGGCAAAAUGUUUGUCGUCUGCAUCCUUUCACAUGUCAACACCCCAGCCAAAUUUGAUUUUUGACAACAGUUCAGUCAACAUUUCAGUUUGAGUGGAAACCUGUGUUUAACCUUGAACACAGGUUUCCACUCACAACCCGUGUUCAAGGGUAAACACGAUGUUAUGAAAGUUUAGUCAAAGCAAGUGCUCUAAAAAGAAGUACAACCGUCACACGUAUGAGUUUAAGUGACUGAUCUUGACCUGGAUAUUUUAUUAGCUUAGGGAGGAUGAGAACUUUGCAACUUUAUCUGAUGGCAAGAGUAGAAUGAACCUCCACUGCAUUCAUUGCAGAGUGCACCCAAGAAACACGCAUAUUUGGUGAACAUUGGCAAAACCACAAGGACAAAUCUUUCUGGUGAUGUGAUGUUCGCAUAUCAGAACACAAAUACACAUGCAAAAGCACUCACAAGGUAAAUUAAAGUUGUGCAACUACAAGCAAAGGUCAUGCACACAUACACCAACUUUCAUGAAAAGCCAGUUCUGAGAAGUCCUUGCAUGAGGACUAACGAAAACGGCUGUUUGUUUAAGCCUCAAAAAAAAAAAAAAAAAAAGAUUAAAAAAAAACGAUAAGAAAAAAAAUAAUAAUUGCCCAAGACGACUCAUCUCUGGCUCUGUCUCCUCUGCCUGUGUAUAAUCAAACAGUAUUCCCAUUAUGUUAACCUAUGCAUUACUAUCAUUCAUUGUACAUGAUGGUUUCAUAUAACAAAACUGUAUUAAGAAUCCUAUCCACUGUAUAAUGGUGCUAUUUUGUAGUUUGUUACUUGCAAGAGAUGGCUAAGAGACUGAUGGCAGGGCUUACAUUGGAGGUCUUCCCUUUUGCACAGCCUUGUGGCCACCAUUUUAAUAGUGUUUUUAUUUGUAAGCUGUUUCAAUAAGGUAGUAGUCUAAGCGAGUAAAUGUAUCUGUGUGAAAUCUGUGAAUGCACGAAGAAUUUAAAAAAAAAAAAAAAGGAAAUGAAUAUACCAUGUUGUGUUCCCAAGAAGGCAAAAUGCUAUUUUUUCUACUGUUUUAAAUUAUUUUCUCAAUAUAGAUCCCUUAUGCCAAAUAACUUGACAAAAGAACUGUGAACAAUGAUUCUUCAAAUUGUAUUAAGAUUGUAAAAAGUCAUCCUGUACUUUUGUCUGUCCAGAUGUGUGUGUUGGUGAUAAUUCACGUAACUGGAAGUCAAAGUACCAGCUAUUGAAAUUACUUAAAACGAGACAAUGCAACCUUUGUCAAACAGCAGACAAUUAGCAUACAUCCAACAAAAAUCCCAAAUGUACCCAUUUCAGUAACAUAUCUAGAGUCUGGAUCUUUAAUUUAAUGACAUAAAUAAAAAAAAGGUCGUUGCUACUCUCGUAGAGACAGAGCACAACUCAGUCUCUACGAACCCUACAAAAGUAGGGCUGUGGACUCAGAGUUGACUGGUCGAUAGUUUAGUUGACACGCUCUUACCUGAUAACAUUUUUAUUGAUUAUACGGUCCUCAGUCUUAUUCGGCUCACAACUAAGGACUCACCCAAACCUGAGUACAUUGACAGAAUAAGAGAUGGGCACUGAAGUCAGCCACUAGUUUGAGAAAUCCUGUUGAGGUCUUGAGCUGAUUUAUUUAUUCCUUUUUUUUUUUUUAACCAUUCUUGGUGCUUUGAAACCAAAAAAGAUGAACUUUGAAACCACACAAAUUUAUAUAGGACCAAAAGUAAUGUUGAAUCUGCAGGAGUCGCCCUCUGGUAGCAUUUGAAAAGAAUACAGGUUUAAACCUCUUCUGCUUUGGCAUCUGGUUGCCUAUGCCUAUGAGUGUCGGCUAGCCAAUGUAAUUAUUAUUUAUAGAUUUAAUUAACUAUUACUCAGAGUCGGUUCCAAAGUAACUGACAACAUUUAAAGUUUGCAGCAUUUUGAAAAUCACAGUUCAACUACCAACAAACCACAUCAUCUAAAAAUUGUAAGCCAACAUGUCUGCCUGAGUAUAUUUUAAUAUAUUUUUUCUGAUAAUAACUUACACCUGCAGAUUUAUCCAGAUACAACUUCACUGGCUUCAGCAGAUAAGACUAAAAUGGGUAUGACAUACAGUGAAGGAUUAGGGUCAUUGAAAAAAAAUAUCUUUGAGUCAGACCUGCACCUGUCAACAUGGAAAAUAAUGGCACAAAGUUAAAUAUUUUAUUCUAUGUAACUAAAAUUAAAGAGCUGUUUCACAGAGAUCGUGAGCUCUUCUAAAAACUACUCCAUUAGCAUGGGAAAACAAUCACCACCACAAGUUGUACUUGAAAUGUUAACAAAAUUCCUGCUGCUAUCUCAAAACCCCAGAUUUAAAAAAACCCCAGAGGAUUAUUUUUAUCUUUAGUUUUUUUAGCUAUUAGAAAACUAGCAAAGCCAUUUGCAGAUAUAUUAACUUUAUAACUUUAACACAGUGGUUCAGCAGAGCUUAGAAAAAUACAGCCAUAAUUGCAGUUUUCCCCAUUCUUCCCGUUCCCACUCCUGGCUAAUUACCUGUAACACACUUCUCCAUUCUUUAGUCUGUUGGUGCUAACAGUCGUGACAGAAAAGAAGUGAUCUUCCCACAAAAUAAAUGUUGAGCUGAAUUAUUAAUCGUGCUUUGUCUCUACAUUUAUCAUUUAGCCAGUUAGCUUAGCUUGCUGACUACGUGUACUCAAUGUAAUCCGCCCACUAGCAAUCCUAAAGCUCACAGAUUAACACAGGAAGUGAACCCUGUGUGUUAUUUCACCUCAAUUUUUAAAGAUUAGAUAAACAAGAUUCUGAGCUUUAGAGGAGCUUUAAAAAAUAAAUAAAUAAAACCCUCUGGGCAGAGCCAAGGCAGCUGUUCCCUGUUCCUAGCUAACAUUGCUAAGCUAAACUAACGGGCUACUGAACCUGGCUUCAUAUUUAAGCUACAAUUAAAAAUUUAAUUAGCCCAUGUUGAGAACUGAACUAAGAUUGCAUUGUCUGGCUUUAAGAGUAACCCAGGAGUUUAAUUUAUCUUGUCCAAAAUAUUCGUUAUCAAUUCUCAAUUAAAACUUAUUUUCACAGAUUAAUUUAAAAGUGUGUUUUUGUUUCUAAAAAGGUUGUAUAAUGUGGAUUUGCUAUAUUCUUUAGUGUUUAUUCCAAGCAAACUGUCUUAUUAGUCGACCUGGCAGCAGAAAUGAAAUAGGAAGCUGGCUGGAGAACAGCUCUGGUUCUCCCAGAUCUUCAGAUAAAUGGUAUAAACCAAAGACUCUUUGAUUAAAGUGAAGCCUCACUCACCAUUAUUGUAUCAUGAAUGAAACCAAUGAGCUGUUCAUUAAAUAUCAAAUGAUGCAAUCACUGUCUCAACUUCACUACAACAACAGUACACCCGUCACACUAUGUUUCUGGUACCUGAAAUACAGUUUGUGCAUUAAAAAACAGAAGCUGCAGCAGCCAUCUUCAAACAAUGAAUGAAACAUUCCAGUUUGUCAGUGGUAUGCAAUGAUCAAUAAAGCCUGGAUCAUGGGAGCGUGCGAGUCAUUCAUGAUUAUAUGAGGUGUUAUACGAGAUGAUACAAUUUCCUGAAGGUCACUGUCCAAAACAACUGUCUGAUUGGAGCGCUGUUAUUCAUGGUGCUUGAUUGCCUUCUGUAGACAAAAAAAAAAAAAAAAAAAAAUACUGACAAACUGUUCACCAUUCCUGCUGAAUAAACCACUUGUCAACAUCA